AUGCCGCUCCCCAACUUGAAUUUGUGUACCAGCGCAACCACCAAGGCCGAGAUACUCAACUCCGGAGUAGGGUCCGGUUUCCCUACCGUGCACGCCUUCGAAGAAGGCCAUGGCCUCGGCGGCGUCUGGUGGCACAACCGGUAUCCCAGCGCAAGUGUCGACACGCCCGUGCCCUUCUACGAGUUCUCGGACCCGGAGAUCUGGUCUGAGUGGGAAUGGUCGCAGCUCUACCCGGGGCAAGAGGAGAUCGUGCGGUAUUUUGAGUUUGUGGAUAGCAAGUGGGGCUUGAGUAAGGAUAUUAGUUUUGGAACAAGGGUGACGGAUGCGAGGUGGGAUAAUAUCCGGGGGAUUUGGAGUGUGGUUACAAGGAUCAGAGAUGGGGUGGAGAGUGUUGCUGAGGCGAGGUACCUCUUACCGGCGAUGGGAUUUGCCGCGAAGAAGUUUGUUCCAGAGAUUGAGGGGCUGGAAACCUUUAAGGGCAUCAUGUGA